AUGAAGCAGAUUUUCAUCGGACAAAUCGUGCAUUCCAAGUCGCUCGACGAGCUUGUGGUUUUGGAAGACGGUUUUGUCGCCGUUAACGAUGGCGAGAUCGAAGCCAUUGGAGAUCGUUCGCAGAUGGAUAGUUUUCCUAGAGAACAUUACACACCAGUUCAAUUAUCGCCAUCCCAGUUCUUGCUGCCCGGUUUCAUUGACUGCCACAUACACGCGCCACAGGUUCCGAAUAUUGGUCUUGGCCUGGAUAAGCCACUCCUAGAGUGGUUGGAUUCGUACACAUUCCCGUUGGAAUCAAACUAUCGCGAUGCUGACUUUGCCGCACGGGUUUACAAGUAUGUCGUGAACACUACCAUAGCUCAUGGCACAACUACCGCGUGCUAUUUCGCAUCAAUUUUCACGGAAACCAACAAAAUACUGGUGGACGAAAUGGUACGCCAAGGACAGCGGGGUUUCGUCGGAAAAGUAUCAUCGAACCGGAUGUGCCCAGAUUUUUAUAUUGAAUGUAAUACCGAAUCAUCAAUUAAGGACAAUGUGGAGUUCAUUCGCUAUGUGAUGGAAUUGAAAAGCGAACUGGUGCGCCCAAUCGUGACCCCGCGCUUUGCAAUUACCUGUGACGACGAGCUGCUGCGUGAGUUGGCAAAGCUUGCGAAAAAGCACAACUUAAACGUGCAAACGCACGUAUCGGAGAAUUUGGGAGAAAUUGCCACGGUUAAGGAGCAAUUCCCGAGCGCACCGCACUACGUUGGCGUGUACGAUGAGGUUGGCCUUCUAACAAACCGAACCGUGUUAGCUCAUGGUGUGCAUCUGGAAGACGCCGAGCUAGAGAUGCUAUCAGCACGCGAAACAUCGAUAGCGCAUUGUCCCAGCUCAAACACGAACCUCGGAUCUGGGUUCUGUGAUGUACGCCGAUUGCUGAAGGCCCGCGUUAAAGUUGGUCUUGGCACCGACGUGUCGGGGGGUAGCGAAAUCAGCAUCCUUGCGGCAAUGCGUGCCGCUUUGGGGGUGUCCCAGCAUUUGAAUUUCAUGAAAACGCACGACGUUAAAGGAACGGGACGAGUAGAGGGAGGAGAAAAUGCAGAAAAGUACAUUCCACUCACCUACAAACAGGCUCUGUUUUUGGCCACACUCGGAGGAGCGCAAGCAUUGGCAUUGGACAAGCAAGUGGGUAAUUUCGAGAAAGGGAAACAAUUCGAUGCAUUGGUAAUCGAUACGGAACAUCAACCGAUCGGGGGAUACAAUCUGCCAGAGAGCGUGAUGGAAGGAAAAACCAAAAACCAGCAGCUGUUAGAGCUUAUUCAGAAGUUUGUCUACGUUGGAGAUGACAGAAACAUAGCGCAGGUUUACGUUGCUGGAAAACAAGUCAAGCUAUGA